AUGCCUACGUGCGCAGUAAAAUGGUGUGGUAGUGAUAGCAGGAAACAUAAUUUCAAGAAAGAUAAAAUCACGUUUCACCGAUUCCCAGCCAAUGGUGAUAUAAAAGGGAUAUGGAUCGCGAAAACUAUGAGAGAAGAAAACUGGUUUCCGACUUCAAACAGCACAAUAUGCUCCAAACAUUUUACUCCUGACUGCUUUAUGGAAAUGAAGGGUCGAAGAAAAUUAUUAGAUGCAUCAAUACCAACUCUAUAUUUGGCUAAAUUGGUCGAAAAUGAACAAAACAACAGCUGGGCCACUCCUUCAACUUCUAAUAUUUGUCAAAACGAUACGUUAAAUCUUUCGGAAAGAACUACGAUUGCGUCGCCUGUCUCUUCGAAUGAGUCAACGCCGGGAAAACAAAAAUUAAAAGAAAUGAUACAAGAUAAAGAAUAUGUUAUCACAAAACAACGAAAGGAAAUCAAAAAAAUACAAACACAAAAUAGAAGACUCAAGAAGAAAAUCAAACAGCUUGAAGACGCGCUAAGUGAACUACAAGAAAAGUCUUUGAAACAAACUGAAGAAGUAUAUACCCUCAAAAAUACUUUACAGGUGUUGUCUAGUAUGACAAAUGAACUUUUAAACUAA